AUGUACUUAAUGCGCAUUGCGCCGCACUUGUUCCGACGUUUUGUGUCACCUCCAUUACCCCGCCAAUUUGCUGGACUGUCCGCUUCCAAACGUGUAAACACCUUCGCUUCAUAUUCUCGUCUUAACGCUAUGGACGACAGCGUCAAGCAACACUAUCUGGCUGAUUCGCCUCCUACGGUAGUCAGGUUGGAAAUCAAGACUCACUUUGACACUCUCAAAGACCAAAACCUCCGAAAAUAUGCACACUUCAUGAGCAGAGCUGCGUUCGAGGGCACCCGUGUGACUCUACGCCAAGUCUCCCCCGAAUCCGAGCCCAUCUACGACCUGAUUCUUUCCCUUUAUCACGCUUCCAAUGGCGACUGGAACGACCUCGCCCAGAAGACACAUGUUAGCACCGAAGACCUCCGCUUCUUCCUCGAAUAUGCGGGUCAAUUCCUGGGCAAUUGUGGAAACUACAAGGGCUUCGGUGACUCGAAGUUCAUUCCUCGACUCUCGCCAUCCGCAUUCGAAGCCCUAGCCUCUGCUACCACGGAGACAAAGGCAGCUUUCCAGAAGGCUAACGCCGCUGGAGGCGGUAUAUACGAAACAAGCGAGCAGUCCAUGAUGCACCUCGGAUAUCCCAAGAGCGGUCACAUGACCGCCUACUACCCCGAUUCGCCCACGAUUUCGCAGGAAGAAAUCACGGCAGUCGGUGAUUUGAUGGAGAAGAAGGGACUCGCUCUGGAGAACACCAGAAUCCGGAAGACAUCCUCCGGUGACUUUGAGCUUUUGAUCGCGUCUGGCGUUUCGUCUCCACCCGCCAGGGACCGCGACCUUGGCGACGCGGACACUUUUGAGCUUGAGGGUGACUUGAAGGGAAAGACCCUGCGUCUUGUCUUCGGUGACCACCAGGAGGAAAUGGCUAAAAUUGCCCAUUCUAUCAAGCAGGCUAAACUUGUUGCUGCGAAUGACAAGCAGAAGCGUAUGCUGGAUGCCUAUGCUCUUUCGUUCGGUGCUGGCUCCAUCGAGGCUUUCAAGGAGAGCCAGCGCAUUUGGGUGCAGGACCAGAAGCCUGUCCUUGAGACGAACAUCGGAUUUGUUGAAACCUACAGAGACCCCCAUGGUGUGCGAGGAGAGUGGGAGGGCUUUGUUGCCUUGGUUAACCUUGAGCGUACUCGUGCCUUUGGUACGCUGGUGGAUUCUGCCGAGAGCAUGAUUCCCAAGCUGCCCUGGGGUAGGGACUUUGAGAAGGAUAAGUUCCUCAGCCCUGACUUCACAUCAUUGGAGGUGUUGAGCUUUGCCUGCUCAGGUCUACCAGCUGGUAUUAAUCUGCCCAACUAUGAUGAUAUUCGCCAAAACUUGGGCUUUAAGAACGUGUCUCUGGGCAAUGUCUUGAGUGCCAAGGCUCCUAAUGAGGCCAUUCCCUUCAUUGCGGAAAGGGACCAAGAGGUAUACCGUGGAUUCCGUGACCCGGCCUUUGAGGUCCAAGUUGGCAUUCACGAGCUUUUGGGUCACGGAACUGGUAAACUGUUACAGGAAACAGCCCCAGGAGAGUAUAACUUUGACAUCAAGAACCCGCCUAUCAGCCCUGUCACCAACAAGCCUGUAUCCACCUGGUACAAGCCAGGACAAACAUGGAGCUCUGUCUUUGGUUCCAUUGCUUCAUCAUAUGAAGAGUGCCGCGCUGAGUGUGUUGCAAUGGUGCUAGGCUGUGACUUUGGUAUUUUGAAGAUCUUCGGUUUCGGUGAUGGCAAGGAAAACCUGGCUGGUGAAGCGGGAGACGUUCUAUUCGCGGCCUACUUGUCCAUGGCUCGCGCCGGUCUGGUCGCCCUCGAGUUCUGGGAUCCCAAGACCCAGAAGUGGGGCCAAGCUCAUAUGCAGGCUCGUUACAGUAUUCUGCGUACCUUCCUUGAUGCCGGUGACGACUUCGUCAAGCUGUCAUACAGCAAGGAGGAUCUGUCUGAUCUCGAGAUUCAUCUUGACCGGUCGAAGAUUCUAACCCAUGGCCGCCCCGCCGUGGAGAAAUAUCUUCAGAAGCUGCAUGUCUACAAGAGCACUGCGGAUGUUGAAGCUGGCAAGGGAUUAUAUGAUGAUAUCACUUCUGUUGACAGUUGGUGGGGAACCACUGUACGUGAGGUUGUUUUGAAGAACAAGGUUCCUCGCAAGAUCUUUGUACAGGCCAACACCAUCCUUGAGGGUGACCAAGUCAGUUUGAAGGAGUAUGAACCGACUCUUGAGGGUUUGAUUCAGAGCUUUGCUGAGCGUAAGGUCUGA